AUGGAUGAAUUUACCGGAGGGCUGAGGCCUACGGACAGGUCUUUGCCGAUAGCUAACAUAUCAAAGAUUAUGAAGAAGCCCAUUCCCAAAGAGGCAAAGGUUGCAAAGGAUGCAAAAGAGAUAAUGCAAAAGUCUGCAGGGGAGUUUAUAGCCAUAAUAACAUGUAGGGCAAAGGAAAUAUGUGAGUCUGAGGCCCGUAAAACUGUUACUGGUGAGGAUCUAAUAAGAGCAAUGGACGAGCUAGACAUGCCCUACUAUGCAGAGCUUGCAAGAAAGUAUUAUAUUCAGUAUAGAGAGCUUGCUAAAAAUGAGAGGGUUAGGAAGUAUUCGAGGGGCUUUGACUAUGGGAAGCAGUAG